AUGAAUGAAUCGUUAUUAUCAUCAUCUGGUGAUUCUCUUGAAUUAUCAAUUAAAGAAAAUACUAAUGAUAUAUUGGAUUCUUAUUCAAUAUUAUUCGAUAAAGCUAAACAUAAUUUUUCGACAAGUUCAGAAGUUUCAUUUAACAAACAUGAACAUUCAAUAAUUGAUCACAAUCAAAUUGAUACUAAAGAAAUAUCAACAACCAUUAAUAAUGUACCAACAGAAAAACCUAUAAACUUCAAUCCUUUCCUUUUAUUCUUCACAGAAAAUGAUGAACAAGAAUCAAAUCCAGUAGAAUUAAAUGCUUUAUUAUCAAUGAAAACCAUCUCUACUAAUAGAUCGACUGAUUCAUUUGAUGAAACAGUGACACGAUGUGUAAGUCCACAACGAGACUCAUUAAGAACGAAAAUAGUAACUAAAUGUGAACAAAAUCAUUCAAAAAAGUAA